GCGUGUUUGAACGGUCAAAUAGACGUGGUAGAAGCGUUAUUGAAUGUGCGUGGUCAUAUGCUGAUUCAACCGAAUACACACGAUACGGUCUUGCAUGCAGCCAUUUCAUCACAACAGCCUGAGAUUGUGCUGUUGAUUCUGAGAGCGUUCACACAUUUGAUCCAGUCAAAAAACGUCGACGGUAGCACACCGCUGCAUUGGGCAUCGCAAUGCGGAAAUUUGAAUGUGGUGAAAUUGUUAAUGGAAUACGCAUAUGAAGAGGAUUUGAUUACGUUAAUCGAAGAUGCCUCGACACGUUUCUCGUAUCGUUUCGUUGCCGAUGUGAACGCGUUGGAUUCAAAAUGCCGUACUGCGUUAUAUUUGGCAGUGGCUAACUCACACUUCGACGUGGUCAAAUAUCUUCUGGAA